AGGCUAUCACGACGAUAUUCCGCCAAAAAUGAAUCCCGGCGUGGCGGAGCACACGAGACUCGACGACGAUAUCAUAGAGAAUUCUACAGAAUUUUCUCCACCCGAAAGGACAAUCUCUGGAAUUACUAUGUCCAAAGGAUCGCCUUCUUCACCUUGGUGGAACAGCAAACGAUUACGCUUAGAUGAUACCUGCAAUAACAAUUUGAACAGUACUUUGAAUAGUGCAUCUAAAAAUAAUGCAAACUGGUCUUGUGCCAGUGAUGGAAAUCUUGUGGAACCAGAAAUGUUAGCGGAUAUGGGUGUCAGCAUGUUAGAGAAUGAAGCUUCCAGUUGCGAAAGAGCCAAUAAUUCAGAAUCUGUAGAACGUACUUCGCCUAUUAGCUCAGAAAAUAGUAAAAAAUGUAAUAAAAGUAAUAGUUUUGACAGUCAAGAAAGUAUUCAUAGAGCUUCCAGCUUUGAUACCGUUAUUGUAGAUAGAUUGGACCAAGAUCCGUACGAGUCGGAUGAACCGACAGCAUAUUCCAACAUGAAAAAUGAAUCUGGCUAUUCCUCUAGGACCGAGGCAGAUAAUUUUAUCAAUACAAAGGGAACCUUUUGUAAAGACGAUCUUAAUGCUUCUACCGAAAAAAGUAGUUUCGAGCAGUUUUGCCUGUACAGAAGAAAAAGAAAAUCUUCGUCCGCAGGCGAGGAUAAAUUUAACAAAUUGUCCGAUGAGAUGAUUUUAAUGAUAUUGAAAUGGCUCCCGAAGAAAUGUCUGGUGCGUUCCAUGUUGGUUUGCAAACGAUGGUGUCAAAUAGCCCGAGACGAAGCGUUAUGGAGUAGAUUGGAUCUAGGUGGUAAAGUAUUAAACGAAGGCACGUUGGGGCACAUAUUACCACGGGGUGUUCAAAUACUUCGACUUGCUCAAGCAGAGAUUGCAGAUCCUGUGUUUCUCGAAAACAGCGAGGUUCUCACUGACGGUUACGUUAGCAAAUUACAAUACUUGGAUCUCUCGAUGGCAGUAAUCUCUCCGGAUGGAUUGGCCAUGUUACUGUCUCUUUGUAAAUACCUUAAAAAGUUAUCUCUAGAAAAAUGUAUAGUAAACAGAUCGUGUUGUAAAGCUAUCAGUGAAAAUAACGAUCUAGAAACAUUAAAUUUAACGAUGUGCGAGGGUAUGGAUGUCGAGUGUAUCAAAGAUUUAACGAAACUAAAGAACUUGAAUGCCGUUAAUGUGGCAUGGUGUGGUUUAGAUGCCAAGGCUAUGACCCUACUUUGUAAAUCUUUACCUCGAACCAUUACGCGUUUAAACAUAGCCGGAUGUAGAAAAACAAUGACAGACGAUAACAUUACCGACUUGGUGAAAAGUUGUCCAGACAUGGUGGAAUUGGACCUGAGCGACUGUACUAUGCUUACAAUGAGCACUGUUCGUUGUAUAUUAGACCUAUCAAAAUUAGAACACCUUUCGCUAAGUCGAUGUUACGGUAUACCCCCAUCUGCAUACGUAACAUUGGCGUACAUGCCAUCUUUGUUGUACUUGGAUGUCUUUGGUUUGAUACCAGAAUCGGUACAGAAAACUUUACAAGUUACCUGCGGUGAGACCCAACUUAACAAGUUCCUAUAUAGUUCCGUUGCGAGACCAACGGUUGGUGUCCGAAGAACGAGUAUCUGGGGGCUUCGAGUUAGAGAUUAAAAUAUGCGCUGUAAUGUUCUUUCACGAGUAAGAGUAAUGCUAAAGAUCAAGUAAAAACCAAAGUAAAACUGAGAUGUACGUGUGCCUUUCCGCAAACUGUCUUCUUAUCAAGAGACUGAUUUUACGAUACUAUUGAAAUAAAAUUAAAGCAAUAUACCAUUCGUUUAUCCUCUUUUUUUUAUUUUUUUUUUUUUUUUUAUUUAAAUGAAAUGUGUAAAGAGAGGAAGAUCUUUUUUGUGAUUAAUGGUUACAUGUAUCGAUAGCAAAAGUAUCAAUUCGGAGUCGGAUGUCAUUUUACGAAGCCGUCAGAUUUUCAUCAUUGACGCUACACAAUGUACUUAAUUGUUUGUAUCAUUAUUCUAGAAGGAACCUCAGUACACCCAUGCUAUAGUUGAUUCGAAUCACCUUAGCUUAAAUAGAUUAAUAGCAAUGUUUAGCGUUUUUUAGGUAAAAUACUCGAUGAAUGUACCAUUUAUCUACCUGGUGGGGCUGUGUGAGAAUAUUUUAUCUAUAUUCUUAUUUUCUCUUAUGUACAUUACUGACAACGAUAUACACUGUAUUCUUACUGAAUAAUUUGUCUUACAAUUAGAUCGAAUCUUUUUCACGAAUAUCGAAUCUGAGAACAGAACAGAUUCUUGUUAUUCCAGUAGCAAAUUUCGUCCACGGAGACCGAAGGAUGAUUUAAAUAUACAAAUUGUGAUUACGAAAC